GCUCUUUUAACUACUGCAUUCGCGAUUGUCUUUCCUUCCAACGCUCUUCUUCCAGAUUUGACAGGCAGAAUUUCCACUUUGCUGACGCGUACUCUACUCUAAUAUUUGCCAGUAACUACGAUGGAGCGCUCGAUAUAUUUAGGGAAUGACCUAAAUAGUCGGCCUAUUGUCAGCUUCGAGAAUACAGAGAACUUUUGCAUGGCUCGAGCACUUGUCGAGCGCGCGCAGGCCCUGAGAACGCGCAGCUCUACGGACGAAGAGAGCGCCUUUGAGGCGGAGGGCGUCUACCCUGACCAGUACACUGAGGUGCCGCGUGUGGAAUUUUUUAAGUCUCUUUCUUUCGGGAAGGAAGUUAAGGAGAAAUCUUGUUCGUGCGGAGUUGAGAAGCCCGUAACUGUGAAUUUCACCGCUACCGAUGACUGGCAGAGUGACCUGAUUACUACUACACAACGUUUCUCUCAAUUAUUUAGCCUUGGGCACCUCAGUGACCUCGUCAUCACAUUCGCCGACAGCAAUGAAGUUAUCCGGGCGCACAAGUUGGUGUUGGCGUCUGCAUCGUUCGUCUUCGAGCGCAUGCUAUACACGGACACCAAAGAAGCUUUAACUGGACGAGUGAAGCUCCACUGCAACGUGGAGGGUUUCAAGUGGAUCUUGAACAACCUCUACCUCGGCACAAGCGACCUAAAGAAUGUCGUCACAGCGAUCUUGGUGUUCGACGUCGCUCAACUUUACCAGAUCAAUGGCAUCGCCGCCAUGUGCAAAGAUUAUCUAAGGUACCAAGUCUCGCUGGAAAAUGUAUCGGAGGUCUUUAGCGUCGCAAAGACCUACUCGGAGGAUGUCUUGAUGAACGCCUGCCUGAAAAAGGUGAGCGGCUCGUGGUCAGAAAUGAUAGACGAACACAUCGCCGAUAUGACGGACGAGCUCUGGCUGUACCUCCUACAGCGCCCUGUUCUUCCCAUGCCUGAAGUAAAGCUCUUCGAAGGACUCGUAAAGUGGGCCUCGCAUCAACUGGAAUACGAAGGCAGUGAAACGUCUCCUUCGAACAUCCGUGGUAAAAUCGAGCGCUUUUUGCCCCACUUGAGGCUGCUGUCCAUUCCUUCCGACACGUUCAUAGACCGUGUGGUCCCGACGCAAGUUUUCUCGCCGCAAGAAUGCACGAGCAUCCUGAUGAACCUGAGAGGCGUUUCUUCUAGUCUGCCGUCAAGCGUGCGCUGCAGCAAGGUCCUGCACAGCCGCAUUGACAUCACCCCUGAGACGCUGCGGUACUGCGUGCUGACUCGCAUGAGUGAGGGCAGGAAGUCUCAGCCUGGUACUGUAACAGAAAUGAUACUCCUGAAGAACUUCACCGUAUCCUCGCCCAUCCUCCUCCACCAGCUGCACACGCAAGAUGGCUCGACUCUGAAGGACGCGCAGAUGAUCCUCACGGAUGCGGAUGGACGGCAAGUUGGGAUAGCGAAGCCACUGGGUGUCCUGUGGCGCUUCAUCACGCCAGUCUUCAUGUACGCAAACAAGUCCUACACGGUCUCUAUUGACAAGGUCCUCGUGACUAGGUAUGCUUAUAAGAAAGAGUUCUGCUCGCAUGCGAGCGACGUUCAAUUUAAAGGCUGUACCGGUGAUAACUACAUCAAAAUAGCCUUUUGGCCGGCGCAAGUCAAGCCUUAAGAAUUUGAAUUUAAUUUUAAAUUGAACGCGGUCAUUUGACGGAAGUUAUUUAAAAUGUUUUACUUGAAUUUUAAACCAAACGAGUUUUAAGUUAUAUUCUUGGACGUUUCAACUGCUUGUUGCAAUUUACUGUUUUACGAUAGGAGUGCUGCGGAGUGUAGAGCGUGACGCUAAAGAUGUCAUUAGACCAAUAACGUAUGGACAUACUAUAAGCAUUAACAUUCAUUUGCCUCAUUAGGCCUUGUAUACGAGACUAGUUUGGCUAAAUUGGUAACUCUAUGCCGUUAGGCGCGAUCUGUAAAGACUAGAUUCAUUCAAAACUCGAUUUAUUUUUAAUCUUCGACGUUGCUAAAAUGAAGACCGAACAGUAACUAUAACAGGAAACAUUGUCGAACAGUAACGAACAGUAACUAUAACGGCCCCAGUGUUCCUAAGACAAUCAGCGAAUGGAGCUGCAUUUGGCUCCAGUUAGCGUUGGCUAUUAACUCGUCAGUGGAGCAAUGCCAGCCGUAACCAAAAUAAUUCUUAUAAUCACGAGUAGUGUGCACUAGGGGGAUAAUUUAUAAAUAGUUGAUCCAUUGAGUCGGUGAAGUUUGAAUUUUCCUUGAUUUUUAGGAAUUUUGUUGACAUGAUACUUAAUAAUCGUGUACAUGCUAUUUUUUAUUAAACUGAUGAAAGUUGAACAGUCA